UUUUGUAUGCGACGCAAUCGCGUGCUCUUGUUUACGUUUCUCUUCUAUCAGUGUUCGGCUCGAUUCCGGUGCGGUGUUGUUUGGGUCGUUUCGGGAAGUUUGUUAGUUCCGGUUACAAAGCCGGAUUGCUUGCGAAAAUCGUUCGUAAGGUGUGUGUUGCGCAGGGGAAGUUUGUGCAAAAAGUUGAGUGCUGUUCCUUACAAGAGUUUCAGUGCGAUUUAAUUGCCGUUCUCAUUCUCCCAUUUGUGAUUUUAUUCCAUCAGCUGUAAUCAUUUUCGGUUGUGAAUCUAGUGUUUUAUUUCCGGUUCCAAUCCCGGGCAAUAAAUCCGUUGUUAGUGGUGAAUCAAUCGAUCGUAAGGUUUCCAUUCCUUUGAACAAAUAAAACCUUGAUGUUGUGUUACCUUGUUCACAAAUUGUGACAAAUUCAGAACUAUCGAGUGUGAAUAAGUGAUUUCUACCCGGAUUCACAUUUUACCUAGCCAUUCUUAUUGGUAGCGUAGAAACAACUUAUACGAUUCUCAACGGCACAAUAACCCUACACGUGCUCAUCUCAACUUCUGCAGCUACCGCUCGAUUGAAUCAGCUCGUAUAAUUUCCAAAAAGAUUCCACACUGACCAGCAAUUGGCAACAUUUGAGCAAACCCCAGCUAACAUCAAAGAGACAAGGCCGACACAAACGACACGCCCCAUCGGACCAAUAGAUUAUGGUUACCAGCCACGACGACGAAGGAAGCAGCCGAACGGAGGACCGUAAUCCACCUGAGCGAUCAACUUUGUCAACACCUACGGAAGCAGAACCGGUGCCAAUGGAGACGGAUAGCGACAUCUGCAGUACCGAUAAAGGCAACACAGCCGUGGCACAAGUCCCUGAGGCGACAUCCGGUUCGUCACCUUCCGCUUCGGCACGUGGGAAGGUGGAAAGCGCUAGCCAAAGGCCAAAGCUGACGGGAUUCGAGUUUUACGAGAAGACUCUAGGCUCACCGAAAUAUGUGGUGGCCCCCAUGGUGGAUGCCAGCGAGCUGGCCUGGCGUUUGCUGAGUCGUCGCCACGGUGCCCAACUGUGCUACUCGCCCAUGUUCCACAGCAGCUGCUUCAGCAAGGACCCGAAGUAUCGCAAAGAUUCGCUUCAAACGUGCCCCGAGGAUCGACCCCUCAUCAUACAGUUUUGCGGCAACGAUCCGAAGGUGCUGCUGGAAGCCGCCCUCCUGGCACAGGACCACUGCGACGCAAUCGAUAUCAAUCUCGGCUGUCCGCAGGCGAUUGCCAAGCGGGGCCAUUACGGAGCCUUCCUGCAGGACGAAUGGGAUCUACUUAAGGAAAUCGUUUCGACCCUGCACAGCAAGUUGAGCGUUCCGGUAACGUGCAAAAUUCGUAUCUUCGAAGAUAUGAACAAAACCAUUCGGUACGCCAAGAUGCUGGAAGCUGCCGGGUGCCAAAUGUUGACCGUCCAUGGGAGGACCCGUGACCAGAAGGGACCACUGACCGGAAUCGCCGACUGGAAAUAUGUGAAAAAGUUGAAAGAGAUCCUCAAGAUCCCAGUGCUAUCCAAUGGAAACAUUAUGGGCGUCGAGGACGUGCACCGUUGUAUGGAGGAAACCGGUGUGAAUGGUAUCAUGACUGCGGAAGGCAAUCUGUUCAACCCGUUUCUGUUCGAGGGUGUCAAUCCAACCGCGUGGAGUGUUGCUCUCGAAUAUCUGGACAUUGUGGAGCAAUACCCGGCUCCAAUGUCGUACAUUCGCGGGCAUUUGUUCAAAAUUCUUCAUCAUUUGAUGAAUUUGAAACCAAACGCUGUCCUCCGGGAACGAAUGGCCUCCUGCCACAGUGUUUCGGAGUUUCGAGCGAUUGUCAAGGAAAUAGAGGCCAAAUACGCCCCAAUACAUGAGGGUCUCCAACAAUGGUCCGAGGAAGAAUCCAGCAUACCCCAAGCUUCCCCGGAAUUAACCUACAACCUAUCGCUACCUCCAUGGCUCUGUCAACCGUACAUCCGUGCCCCGCCGGAAGUACACCGGCAAAAGCUGCAGGAGGCCACCCAAAAGGCGUCCGAUCCCAAUCGCGAGAAGCGCAAAUUCUACGAUCCGGAAGGGAACGAGAUUUCCCACAAGAAGAUGAAGAAAAUUCGGCGCGUGCAACGGAGACCGAACCGGGCCGGGCUUCUGCCGGGAGAUCCGGGCCGCGAGCCAGGAAGGCGCUUCGAUGAGAUUUGCAAAAACGAGAAAAUUAAAUGCAUCAAUCCGAUGGGAAUGAAAUGCGAGCACAAGCUGUGUCGGGUCUGCUGCAAAAACCAUUGCUUCCACGCCGAUCUGGACUGUAGCGGGCAUAAAAUUUUCAUCAAAUCACGCCGACACAAAGCGAAAACGCUCACCGAAUUGGAACGGCAAGCUGCCGAAAACGGCAAUGAAGAUGGACAGCAGCGCAAUGGACACCUGGAGAAGAUGGAUACCGAAAGCUGAUAUUUCGGAAAUGUUUGAAUUUUCUAUUAUGGUGGAUAGGUUGAUUUUAUCAUUCGGAUAAGUUGUAUCCGACGAUUGUAAAUGAAAUGUUGCAAUUCAA